GAUGAGAUGACGCCCCUCCUGGCCCUGCUCUGUCUGGGACUGAGUGUGGGCACCAGGACACCAGUGCAGGCCGGAACCCUCCCCAGACCCACCCUCUGGGCUGAGCCAAGGUCUUUGGUUCCCUGGGGGAGACCCAUGACCCUGUGGUGUCGAGGGACCUUAGGGGCCAAGAAGUUUUAUCUGUAUAAAACGGGAAGCUCAUCGCCCUGGGAAAUGCAGUUACCACUGGAGCCAGGGGACAAGGCUAAGUUCUCUGUCUCUUACAUGACAGAAUCAGAUGCAGGGACUUACCAUUGUUCCUAUCUCAGUCCCACUGGUUGGCCAGUGUACAGUAAACCCCUGGAGCUGGUGGUCACAGGCCUUGACAGCAAACCAUCCCUCUCAGUCUCUCCAAGUCCUGUUGUGGCCUCAGGGGAGACUGUGACCCUCCAGUGUGGCUCACAACGGGGAUAUGACACAUUCGUCCUGACUCAGGAGGGAGACCCUGAGACCGACUGGAAACUUGACUCACAAAGACUCCCCAGUGGGCAGCACCAGGCCCUGUUUCGUAUUGACCCCGGGCCCCUCCGCCACAGGUGGUCCAUCCGGUGUUAUGGCCUUUUCUCACACACACCCCAGCUCUGGUCUGACUCCAGCGACCCUCGGCAACUCCUGGUCCUAGGUGCGUCUAGAAGACCCUCCCUGCUGAGCCUGCAGAGUCUGAUUGUGACCCCAGGACAGACCCUGACCCUGCAGUGUCACUCUAAGGAUGCAUAUGACACCUUUGCUCUGUACAAGGAGAAAAGCCAGAACAUCCUCCAGCACUCUGACCACCAACCCCAGGCUGGGAUAUCUCUGGCCGACUUCCCCCUGGGCCCUGUGAGCGCCUCCCAUGGGGGCCAGUAUCACUGCUUUGGGAGACACAAUUCCACCUCUCUAUGGUCAGAGCCCAGUAACCCCAUAGACAUCUUGGUAGCAGAACAGCUCUCCUACACUCCAUCCCUCUCAAUGGACCCAGGACCUCCGGUGACCCCGGGAAACAAUGUGACCCUGCUCUGUCGGUCCAGUGGCUGGAUAAACACUUUCCUGCUGGCCAAGGAGGGGGCAACCGACCUCCCACUGUGCAUCAAAGUGGAUAAAACAGAGGCAAUAACACAGGCCCAGUUCUCCUUCCACCCUGUGACCUCAGCACACAAUGGCACCUACAGAUGCUACAGCUCCAACAGCAAAAGCCCCUACAGGCUGUCACACCCCAGUGUCCCCCUGCAUCUCUGGGUGUCAGGACCUUCUGGGGAUAGCAAGAUGAAGUCUGCGGCUGAUGUGGACCGAAAUAACACAGACCCACUGCUCAUCGGGCUGUCCAUGGCUGGUGCCCUGCUCGGGAUCUUCCUCAUCCUCUUCCUUCUCCUUCUUCUUCUCUGCCUUCGCCACUGCCACCGCCAGGCAGGACAACACAAGUCAGGAGCCACACACUCAGCGCCCCAGGACACAGGCCUGAACACCCGCUCACGUCCCAAAGCUCACGUCCAGAAAGACAGCCCAGGUGACAGCUACAACACCUUCACCCACACACGUUCUGAGGAAGGGGAACGGCUGAACCCCCAGAUCAAGCAGGAUGAAGACCCCCAUGGAGCAACCUAUGCUCAGGCAGAAGCACCUGAGGCCCCCCUGGAAGUGACCUACGCGCAGCUGAAAUACCUGGAUACUGCACAGGAGACCACAGCGACCCCUCCCUCCCUGUCAGGGGAGCCCCCAGAGGAGCCCAGCGUGUAUGCUGCUCUGGCUUUCCACUAG